AUGUCACUUUACAAUAUCACUGAGCAUAAGAUACCAUGUCAACACAUCCGUGAAUAUCCCAAAGCUGUGAGCGCCACGCAAGAGGAUGUAUUACAUCUAGCCGUUAAGCAGUAUGUCCCCAAGGACAACCUCGUUCCUCAGCCUGGCGAUAUAACAAUCAUUGCGGCACAUGCCAAUGGGUUUCCAAAAGAGUUGUACGAGCCGUUAUGGGAUGAUCUUCACGCGCAGGCGGUGCAACAAGGUUUCCGGAUACGAGGAAUCUGGAUGGCAGACGUUGCGCAGCAGGGUCAAAGCGGUAUCAUGAACCAGGAGCUGCUUGGGAACGAUCCCAACUGGAAUGACCAUCCGCGGGAUCUACUUCAUCUCAUCAACCUGAUGCGCGACGAGAUGCCGAGGCCCUUCAUAGGCAUCGGCCACUCUAUGGGAGGAUGUCAUAUCGUGAACCUAGCGUACCUACAUCCACGGCUCUUUACUACUCUCAUUCUCAUCGAUCCUGUCAUCCAAACACUUUCUGUUAUUUCUCCCGAUCAAGGCCCCAGUCCCGCCCGCCUUUCGACAUUUCGAAGAGAUCUCUGGUCGUCUCGAGAAGAUGCCGCAAAGGGGUUUAAGGCGAGUAGAUUCUAUCAACAAUGGGAUCCCCGGGUGCUGGAGCGCUGGAUUGAGUAUGGCCUCCGCGAUGUGCCGGCACUCCUAGAUUCGACGGAGAAGAAUCUCGCCCAAGAAGGAAAACGUCCUGUGACGUUGACGACGUCUAUACACCAGGAGGUCUUCACGUUCGUGCGUCCCAAUUACGAAGGGUACGGCAUCAACGGCAAACCGGUCAGCCGCAAGACUCACGCAGACCUCAACCCUACUCUCCCUUUGAUCUUCCCUUUCUAUCGCGCUGAAGCAGCCCAAGCAUUCUUCAGACUCCCGGAAUUGAGACCGAGUGUCCUCUAUAUCUUUGGCGGGAAGUCGGAAGUCUGUCCUCCGGAUUCCUGCAAGAUCAAGAUCGACCUCACUGGAGUCGGCGUUGGUGGUAGCGGAGGAGCACCUCUUGGACGUGUCUGCAGCGUCCUUCUCGAGGAACAUGGGCACCUCCUUCCCAUGGAGGCCACGGGUAAGACGGCGAAACAUACUGGCGAUUGGAUAAGUAAGGAGUGGCAGCUCUGGAGAAAGGACGAGGCAGAGCAUAGACGAACAUGGCUGUCUAGGCCCCUACGCGAAAAGCAAACCCUCGACGAUCGAUGGAGGAAGAUGAUCGGAGGCCCUUUUGUCAGAACAACAAAGUUAUGA